AACCAGCUUUUUGUGAAAAGAUGCAUUUCAAGCAUAACUUUCUCUUUGACACAAUUUUUGUUUACUUUUACUAUACCACAACAUAAACACAAAAAAGGUUGUUUUACAUCAAAUAACAAUUUAUUUACAAAUAUAACACCAUGAAAUAUUUACAAUUUUCACAUUUGGAACUAAACUGUGUGUGUGCACGUGUUAAAAUUUCGUUAAAUGCGUAACCUUCUGCACACUAGACUCCCCCAUGCUCUUCCACUUCCUCCUUGCUGUCCAGUGUGUUUUACAUGCAAAUGAUCCAUGCCGAGCUUUUAUCAAAUGCACUUCUGCCACCUUGUGGCUUAAAAAUGCUGUAAAAGUGACAUCCAUUAAUGUGCAGUUGCGUCAUCUCCUGUUUUUGCCUCUAACGCAAAAAAAAAAAAAGGUAAAACACAUACAAAUAUGUCUUUGGGAUUGGGCGUUCAGUUUUAUAAAAACAUAUAAAUACAUCUUUGGUAUUGAAUGAGUUACAGACAAUGGCAAAAUGCAUUGUUCCAUUCUAGCAGACGUGAACUGACAACUGAAUCAAGUAGGGAUGCUCCGAUCGAUCGGCAACCGAUUAGUAUCGGCCGAUUUCCAUCAAAAAACACAUGAUCGGCAAGACAUAAAUAUGACUCAUGCUUGUGUGUCUUUCUGUAAAUAUGUUCCCUCGGGGAGCAAAUAAAGUUUUAGCUUGGUGUGGGUUACGGCUGUUAGGGAUUAUUGUGCUUCAUUCAAAGUUGCAAUAAAAGCUUGUUGUUCCAGCAAUCAAGUCUGGUUCAUGCGCGUCCCACCCAACAUUACAGUAACAUUACUGCCACCUAGUGACCAAUGUAGAACACUACAUAUAACAACAACGUCUUUGAAUGCGUCCUCUAAAUGCCUUAUUAGUGUUUCACAGAACAUCACCAGGUUUGGUGGAGACCUCAAUCGUGGCAGGAUAAUAACAGGAUAACAACCCAUGUUCGAAAACACACAGGAAGUUGUUCAUCUUGGUUUCUUGUGGCAAUUUUUGGCGAAAACCAGUGGUUGUAUUUCACCGAAGUAGUCCUAGGCACUUUGACCGCAUGAGCCCAAAUUAAAGCCGCUGAUACUAGACAGACGAGCGAUGUUAUAUUGCGAAGGAUUUUAGACUGUUCCAUGAGAUGGGGGCGGGGCAUGGCAACAAACUCUGACGAGCAAUCGGCCAACACGCCACUAAACUGUGACAACGUUAAGAACUCAGUUCCACGAGGUCAGAUCUUCAUCAUAAUUAGUACAGAUGACGAAGACCACACCGUGAAGCGAUACGCAGCUCACUUCCUGAAUUUGCCUCAGCGCCACCCAGUGGCAACAGGAAAUGAAAUGCAUGCCCUCCGACUUAUGUGAACCCUGAGUUGCUUGGCGGUGCGAGGGCCCGUCCAGCGCUGCUUGAAGUAGUCAUGUGCAGAUCGAUACCGAAAUAACGAUACUUCCGAUACUAGCUCUUCAUGCUCCGAAAUCUAUUCUGAAAUCAAGUAUCGAUACUUUUGAUUCUUCGGUCAUUUGAGGUCAUGUUUUUCUGAAACGUUUUGUCUGUUGAAACGGAGCCAUGUGGGGACCGUGAAUAAGGUUUUUUUUACUUUUUAUUGUUUGAAAUACUUGGUUCUGUGUUUUUCUCUUGUUGUGUCUGACUUUGGCUAUAUUGUAAAUCACCCCGCUACCUCAAUAUACUUCAACAAAAUAAACAAACACAUGACUUCCACUAACGAUUAAAUCAUUCAUUUAUAGAAAUUAACUAUUUAUUGGAUUAAUACAUGAAUCAAAUGUCUUGUAUUCGUUAUGCUGUGAUAUGAAAUACACGACUGUUUUAAAUUUACAAAACACAUUAGGUGAAUUUGCAAAAUAUCAGUAUUGGAUCCGUAUCGUUGAAUUAUAGUCAGUAUCGGAUCUGGACCAAAAUCAGUGGUCACUACCUUGCAGCUUUAAUAUCAGUAUUUGACUUCAUUUAGCCUUUCUUUUGGCGCAAAAAAUGCUUUGUUUAGGAAAAAAAAAGUGCGUAAAAUUUGCUUUGAAGUGCAUCUUUUUAGCCGUAUUCAGCCACGAAACAGCAUGAUUUAGUAGUAAAUAUAUUAUUGAUAAAUUGUGAGUGAAGCUGUGAAAUUCAAAGUGCGAAGUGGCGAGGGAUUACUGUACAGCACACAUGUACCACAAUUUCGACAUGUUUGUCCUUAUAUUUCGCUGGUCGUGGCUUUUUGGCAAGCAGUUGGGUUUCCCACUUUGUUCGGCGUGCCUUGAACGCACCGUAGCUGUGCACUGUGACCGGCUUUCUGCCUUUCCAUCAGAUAAAUCACCAAGAGCGUACCUUGCCGAUUCCUCCACCACUGCAUCCAUCGCACUUUUAUCACUUUUAAGAAAUGUAUUAUAAACUGCAUUGGACUGUGCUGCUGUUUUAGCUUUCUUUAUUUCCAGUGGAGCCUAUUUGGCGGCUGUGCCUGGCUGCAUUUUAUUUUCGGACACCGCAGCGUGAGAUGGACGGGCUGCCGCUUGUGUGGCCCAUCCUCCCCCCGCCCCCACCAGACAGCGCUUUGUUUCACGGUUGAGCGCCGCGAUCGUUACGAGCCUGCUGUCACUGGCUGCUUAUUCACUGACACACAGCGCUGCAGGAAUUUCACCACUCACACGAAAGCAGGGGCCACAUCCACCCAUUCAUCAUCUCUAAUAUCCAAUUACAAAUAAUCAACUCCCCUCCAGCCGCUAAAAUGUAGAAUAAAAGAGAAGAUGUGGGAGUUUGCAUGAUGCUGUGACUUGCGGCUGUGGAGGGCUGCCUGCUGAUCACCAGACGGUGAAACGCUUAAUGUCUGCUCCUGCACCCUCCAUUUCUCAGCAGCCAGCCACCAGUCAAACCUCAUUAAAGGAACACUAAGGAAAAACUGCUCUAUUUGUUUAUUCGCCUUUUUGUUCUCCCAGGUUCCUCUUGCAGUCACUCAUUCAAAGCCGCUGCUGUAAAUUUAAAAACAUGCUUUUUUUUUUAGCAAACUAAGAAAUCAUGCUGUUUUGUGGUUGAAUAUGGCCUAUUAUUAUGGUCACUAGGUGUCAGUAAUGUUACACUGAUGAGGCAAUAGCCACUGCAGGAAGUCAGGUAGAGAACAGGAAGGACAAAAAGAACAACAAUACAAACUUGUGAGUCUGCAGCAGGGGUGCUUGAUGUGUGGCCCGUGGCUGUUUUUUUUUAUUAUUUUUACAAAAAUAUUAAUUUAAUUUUAAAAAACAGCACAAAUUCAAAUUCAUUACUCUGCAGUAAUAUUAUGAGGGAAAAAUUACAUCAUUUUAGUAGCAUUGUUGAAAUAUUAAAGAAAAAAGAUUAGAAGAUUUUUAAGUCAUAUGAGCAACAAACAAAACAAAAUAAAAUUCUCAUUUUUUUAAAAAUUAGGUACGGGAAAAAGUUACAAUAUUAGGGGAAUAUUACAUGAAGAAAAUGUACAAGUUGAAGUACUUGGAAAAUUAAAAAAAACAAACAAGACAACAACAGCUGACAUGGAAAAACAGCUGCAAUUUAACAAGAAUAAAGAAGAAAGGCAUAUUCUAACAAGAAAAAAAGGCUUAAUUUUACGAGAAUAAACUUGUAAUAAAGGAAAAAUAAUGCCAUUUUAGAAGAAUAGCGGCGAAAUAUAAAAUAAAAAAUAAAUAAAUAAAUAAAUAAAUAGUAUGUUUUUUUUUAAGUCAUGAUAUGAGAAAGAAACAAAAAAAUAAAGUUGUAAUUUUUGGAAAUCUGCCUUGGGGAAGUGUUGUUAUUAUGGGAGUAAAGGCAUAAUACUAUGAAAACAAAGUUGAAAUAUUUGUAAAAUGUAAAAAAAAAAUGGGUAAAAAAAAAAAGCAAAGAGUGAAGUUGAUUUUAAUAAUAUACUUUUUCACCUAAUUUCUUAGCAUAUCUACAUGUGUUGCUUUACUAAAUAUCAAUAGAACUUCUUAGCAUAUCUACAUGUGUUGCUUUACUAAAUAUCAAUAGAACUUCUUAGCAUAUCUACAUGUGUUGCUUUACUAAAUAUCAAUAGAACUUCUUAGCAUAUCUACAUGUGUCGCUUUACUAAAUAUCAAUAGAACUUCUUAGCAUAUCUACAUGUGUUGCUUUACUAAAUAUCAAUAGAACUUCUUAGCAUAUCUACAUGUGUUGCUUUACAAAAUAUCAAUAGAACUUCUUAGCAUAUCUACAUGUGUUGCUUUACUAAAUAUCAAUAGAACUUCUUAGCAUAUAUACAUGUGUUGCUUUACUAAAUAUCAAUAGAACUUCUUAGCAUAUCUACAUGUGUUGCUUUACUAAAUAUCAAUAGAACUUCUUAGCAUAUCUACAUGUGUUGCUUUACUAAAUAUCAAUAGAACUUCUUAGCACAUCUACAUGUGUUGCUUUCCAAAUUAUCAAAGUGGCAAAGUUGCAUCCUUUCAUUUUCUACUAUGUGGCCCUCACUGGAAAAACCUUUGGACACCCCUGGCAUAUAUUAUGUCUUAUUUAUGUUUUAUAUGUCUUAUUUUCUCUUCUUAUAUCUACUAUGUGCCCUGCGAUUGACUGCCGACCAGUCCAGGGUGUACCCCGCCUCUCAUCCAAAGUCAGCUGGGAUAGGCUCCAGCAUACCCCCGCGACCCUCAUGAGGAUAUCUACUAUAUUAGGUAAUAGGAGUGUAAAGAAGGUGUUAUUUCAUGUCUAGAGGGCUCUAAGAAUGUUUAAAAAAUGUAGAGGAUUUUCUAUGUUCUAUUAAUGAAAAUAUUCUAUUUAUAAAUAAGGAAUCCUGCUUGGCGGAAACUGACUUAUCUAAGUUGGGUCUGAAGCCAAUUAACCACCAGAAACUAAGGAUUACUCGUAGCAAAGUUUGUACAAACACUGCAUACAACUCUGAAAAUAGAAGCAUUUUUUGUGCUAAAACAACAUUGGCAGUGCCCUGGCUGGUCCACCGAUACUAUAUACUCCUAAAUUAGUUGCGCUUGGGGUUGUCAUGGCAAUAACAGACCAACUUUUCAUUCUACAUUAGCGAAAUUGGCUACAAAAGUGCUUUUGAAGCUGUUGUUUAAAAGUACUGUUGUUACAGUUGAGUGUUUUAGAAAGGCCUUGCCAACAUAAACAUUGUUUUUAGCCUUUUAGAAGACUUUUAGGAUAACUUCUCUCCCAAAACAUCAGCUUCUGGCAGUGCAUUGUUUAAAAAAAGCUGUCAUAAUUAUGUAGGGUUAUCUCAUUUUUAAAAAACUUUACAGUGAAUCCCCGCACAUUUGCGAGUCAGCAUUCAAAAAAAAGACUCGAUUUGCAGACUUUGGGUGAAAAAAUGUUUUGUGGUUUCUCCAGAAAUAGGUCGUUUUCUCAUGUCAUUCACCGUGAGCGGUAAGCACAUGAUGAUGUACAGUAGGUGAAAUGUACAGCAUGCUCUAUAUGCAGCACUGUUCAAAACAUACCACGAUGUUUACGUCUCUAUGCUUCACCGACCAUGAUUUUUCAUAAAGCUUGGAGAUUUCGCACAUUCUUUGCCAGUUCUUGAACGCACCAUCGUUGUGUGUUGUGGACGCCAAAUUUAUUUUUUUUAUUUUGGGUGUCUCGAACUGAUGAAUUGGAUUUACAUCAUGUCCUAGAGGAAAAAUCACUGUUUUUGUGCGAUUCAGUUUUCACUGGACCCUUUGGAAGGAAUUACGGUAAUAAUGAAAACUGAGGGCACUCAGUAUUAUUACAUUUUUUAAUUUAUUUUAUUUAUAGAUUUGAUAUAUUAUCAUUUAUAUAGUUAUUUGUAAUAUAUUUUCAUGAUUUUAUUUAUUUAUUGGAAAACUGGGAGCUAAAUGUAACUCCCGCCCAAAGGACAUGAGCUCCACGUUAGCGCAAUGAUGGAUCCUCAUGCUCUCAUGGUCUAAUGAAUGGAUGAUGUGAUGAUGAUGAUGGUAUUGACUGCAGGCUGCUCUAAGCCCUCCCCGCUUCCCUCCAUUCAUGUACGCAAACACCUGCACCCAUUUAGCCUCACAGCUAAUGCUGUUUAUAACCGCCCACAUGUAAAAGCAGCAGGGACGUAUUUUUUGCAUUAUUCUUAUCAUCUAAGAAGUGUGAAUAUGGAAAAAAUAUCCCAUUUCCUUAGCUGGAUCAAGUCAUUAAAGGAAAAGUGCACUUUUUGUUUUGCCCAUGAACACACGUCUUUCUCCUUUCUCCUUUCUGUACGUUCUAAAGAUAUAAAAACAUCUAAAAAGAGGCAGCUAAUUCCUGCACGUAAUGGGACACACCUAUUCCACCUAGAAAGACCGCUUUUAAAACACCUCCAACAAGGUUUUAUGGUUUCAUGGCAUGUAGUAACAGGUACAUUCAUGAUGACGUGUAACACUUACAGUAUUUGGCUGUAUUUUGGUCAUUUUAAGCAUUAGCAGAACUUCCUUCCUGGGUGCAUUGAUUUCACAUAGCAACAUAGAAAGGAACGCUACUUUUCCAAACUCAAAAACAGAAACACAGCAACAAUGCCGCUGUAGCUUGCAGGUCACAUGAUGUAAAUGGAGCGUUGUUGGCGUGUUUUGGAGGUUUUUUCAGAAGGCUGACGUGCAUUCUUUGCUCCCUCUUUUUAUCUGUUUUUAUAUCUUUAGAACACACAGAAAAGAGAAAGACGUGUGUUCAUGUCUCACAUAAGAAUUGUGGAUGAUGGGCAAAAUUCCAAAAAAAGUGCAGUUUUCCUUUAAAAUCCUCCUGGGGGAUUAUUAUUACCUAACAAGCGAAUCUCAGCGCUUUUACUGUAUAAGACAAAGCUGAGGUGCAGGCAUUUAUUCCUUGAGCUGUACUGUACAUGAACAGUACUGUACAUGUACAGUACUACAAUUAUUACCAAAAGUUGGUAAUAAUUGAUAAAUAUGUGAUAAUACAGGUAAAACAUACAGCAUGAUGACUCCCUUUACUGGGAGUCAUCAUGCUGAGUCAGUCAUCACUGAAGUGAAUACUCCAUUCAUGCAAGUCACUCGACACACAAACUCAAGUCGUCAUCAAGCACUCGUGAGUCAGUGACACUCGAGUGUUCAUUGAGCACCCGUGAAUCAGCACGCUCGAGUGUUUGUCUAACACCCGCGAGUCAGUGAAACUCGAGUCUUAGUUAAACUGUGAGUCAGUGACACUUGAGUCUUCGGUGAGCACUUGUGAGUCAGUCACAUUCCAGUCUUCAUCAAGCACCCAUGACUCGAGUGUUUGUCAAACCAUGAAUCAGCGACACUCAAGUUUUUGUCGAGUACCUGUGAGUCAGUCAAACUCGAGUCUUUGUCGCGUACCCUCGAGUCAGUGACACUCGACUCUUCAUCAGCCGUGAGUCAGUGACACUCGAGUCUUUGUCGAGUACCCGGAGUCAGUGAAACUCGAGCCUUAGUUAAACCGUGAGCCAGUGACACUUGAGUCUUCGGUGAGCACUUGUGAGUCAGUCACAUUCGAGUCUUCAUCAAGCACCCAUGACUCGAGUGUUUGUCAAACCAUGAAUCAGCGACACUCGAGUUUUUGUCGAGUACCUGUGAGUCAGUCAAACUCGAGUCUUUGUCGCGUACCCUCGAGUCAGUGACACUCGACUCUUCAUCAGCCGUGAGUCAGUGACACUCGAGUCUUUGUCGAGUACCCGGAGUCAGUGAAACUCGAGCCUUAGUUAAACCGUGAGCCUGUGACACUUGAGUUUUUGUCAAGUACAAGUGAGUCAGUGAAACUCGACUCUUCAUUUAGCAGUGAGUCAGUGACACUCGAGUCUUUUUCAAGUGCCUGGGAGUCAGUGAAACUGUAGUCUUUGUCGAGUACCCUUGAGUCAGUGAAACUCGAGUCUUUGUUAACCCAUGAAUCAGUGUCACUUGAGUCUUUGUUGAGCACCCGUGAGUCAGUCAAAUUCGAGUCUUUGUCGAGUGCCCAUGAGUCAGUGACGUUCAAAUCUCCAUCAAGCACACAUGAGUCAAUGCCACUCGAGUGUUCGUCGAGCACCCACGAGCCAGUGAAACGAGCAAACCUUUGUUAAACCAUGAGUCAGUGACACUUGAGUCUUCCUUGAGCAUCCGUGAAUCAGUCACAUUCGAGUCUUCGAGUACUCCUCAGUCAGUGACACUGAAGUCAUCAAGCACCCGUGAGUCAGUGAAACUUGAGCUUUUGUCAAACCGUGAAUCAGUGAAACACGAGUCUUUGUCAACCCAUGAGUCAGUGACACUCAAGUCUUCAUUGAGCACCCGUGAGUCAGUCGGAUUCGGGUCUUCGCAGAGUACCCAUGAGUUCGUGACAAUCAAGUCUUCGUCAAUCCGUGAGCCAGAGACAAUCGAGUCUUCCUCAACACGUGAGUCAGUGACACUCGAGUGUUUGUCAAGCACUCGUGAGUCAGUAUCACUGGCGUCUUCGUCUGCCCGUGAGUUUGUUAAGCCUGCGCCCCGAGCGAGUGAACUGUUCGUUUAGUGGCGUCUGUGAUGCAGCUUGGGCAGGAAGGGGAAAGGAGAGGUGUUUGAGCCGGAUUUGUUGCUUUUUCCACUUGAAAGAAAUGCAGUUAGAGUAACAACUACCCAAUUAAUGACAUGUUUCCCGGUUUCCUUUUUUAAUUUAGCUAGAGGUAGCAGGGGUGAGUAAGUGAAUGAGUUAACAGAGACAAGUACCCGUGAGUACCGAUUCUGGGGAAAAAAAAGUUUUGAACAAUGCGUUCAUGACUCGCCCAUCUAGUAUAUGACGCCCAAAAGAAGUACGCAGAGCUUCCAGGUAUAUACAGUGUGUCUGCUGCGUUUACUGUGAGUUCAUUCAGGGAUGUGAAUGAUAGCAGACAGCAGACAGGAGCAGACAGGAGAGGAGACGAGUCCUCCCGGCCGGUACACCGGGUCCCUCGCAGAAGGCCAUCGGCGUGACGGACCGGAAGUGCUGCCAGCCAACCAGGAACCACAAUCAUGAGCGUGGAAAUGAUCACACCGACUGUCGCCUACUUUUAAGUCCACUCCACUGCAGGCAAACUCGCUCCUCAGAGCUCCAUGGGGGGCUCUUCAAGCAUCCAGGUACCAGGUGGAGGAACUGAAGGCUACCAUGUCCUAAGAGUGCAGCAGAAUUCUCCUGGUUUUUGUGCCGGACUGGAGCCAUUCUUUGAUUUCAUCAUCUCAGUGUGUGACACCAGGCUAAACAAAGACAGCGACACCUUGAAAGCGUUGCUGGAGAGGAACGCGGAGAGACCCGUCAAGAUGCUGCUGUACAGCAUCAAGACGCUGGCUGUGAGGGAGGCGGCGGUCACGCCCAGCAGCAUGUGGGAGGGCAGGGGGCUGCUCGGAAUCAGCAUCCGCUUCUCCAGCUUCCAAGGAGCGAGAGAAAAUGUCUGGCAUGUCUUGGAGGUGGAGCCAAACUCCCCUGCAGCUGUGGCGGGCCUCCAAGCCAACACUGACUACAUCAUCGGUGCAGACACUUUCCUGGACAAGAUGAAUGAUCUCUCCAUCCUCAUCGAGUCCAAUGAAGGGAGGCAGCUGAAGCUGCACGUUUACAGCACGCACACGGGCGACUGCCGCGAGGUGCUCAUCACACCAAAUCGCUGCUGGGGGGGAGAGGGCAGUUUAGGCUGCGGGAUCGGCUACGGAUACCUCCACAGGGUGCCCACCACCAAGCACAACCACUUUUCUCCACCUGGGGACGAGGCUCUCACUGCUGUCGUUGCAACUCUUCCGGUCACGGCGUCCACUGAACAGGCUGGCGCUGCCUGCUCAGACCCGUUUUCUGACCUCAUCAGCGUUCGGACAGAUGCAGACGUUCAUGCUGACCCCCUCAUCUCCUCACACUGUGAUCAGCAGCCUUCAAUCCAUCCUGCAGCAACACCAGGACAUGUUGAGCCCUCUACUACAUCACACAGCACUCCAGGAUCAUUCGGAAGCUGUAAUCCCAGUAUGGAAAAGUCAAAUGCAACAAAAUGCCAGUCUGGACUUUCUUACAACAAAUCAGAGAACAUCAAAGACAGGAGGAGAGCGGGGCCAAAACAGGGAGGUUUUUAAACCUUGAAAUAAUGCUCGAUUGGGUUUAUACAUUUGUUAUAUUUCUAUAUUUCAUUUCUAUUUCAUAUGCAUAUUUGAUAAAUGUUUUAUUUUUAGAAAUGUUAAAGUGCUGGUUGUAAGCUGUUAUUUAUUACAGUUGUUUUGCAAUAAAUGUCACUUUGUUCUAAAGUAGGCUAUAUAACAAUAAUAUUAAUGCAGAAAAGUAUGCACCUUACAUUAUGGUCGGAAACAUUUAUUAUGAACAAUUUAAUUAUCUCAUCUGCAAAAAUAUGCAUGUUAGGUUAAUUAAAAUCAGGGGUCUUCAAUUAAAAUUGCCUAAGUUCCAUUUAUGCUUUUUUUCCCACAGCGAUGGUCAGAGCCUUAUUUUGUCUUAAAUUGCGUCAAACAGACUAGCUCAUAUGAAUAUCAAAUGCAACGAAACCGGCACAUCACUCUACAACAGUGUUUCUGAAAUAGUGGGGCGAGCCCCCCCGGAGGCAGUGCUGUGAACUGUCAGGAUGGGCAUGAGGGGCGGGGAGGACUUUCAAUAUUAGUGCAGACCUGCCAACAUGUCUGAAUUUGUCUUACUCUGCAUGCAUUUGUCUCUUGAAUAUGCUUGUAUGCUUCAUUGCUCUCCAGUUUGUUGCAUUUUGCACUUUUUCAGUUCAGUCUGUACAGUACAGAUAAAUAAAUAGAUAUGAUCACUUUCUCAAUAGUAUUUCAUAUCGGGAGGUGCGAAAAUAUUUCUGUCACCCCAGGGGGGCAUGACAAAAAAAUAAUUGCCACUGCCCUACAACACACUUAUUUUUGACACCCUAAAUUGCAUUUAAAAGAAAACAAAACCGACUUUCACAUACAUAAUAAAAAGUUUGACUGUACAAACAAUUAAUGAACACAAGAGGCUUAUUUUUAAGUUAAAUAAAACUGCACCAGUUUCUCAGAGAAAAACUACCGUAAUAAUAAAUUUAAUAAGUGUCUCUUUAACAAAUAAGCAACACUACAUACAAUUUUCAGAAUUUGUUGUUAUUGUUGUAGCUUACAUUGGAAUUUGCCUGAAUUUGUCACACAAUUCCUCUUUUUUACCUCACCUUUCAGUGACGUCAUUGCGUUUGCUGUGAGGUAACCGGAAUAACUCAAGUAAUUACGCAUGCAAACUGACGCUGCGAUUGGUCUGCGGGCAUGAUUUUAUGUUAUUAUAUUUUCCAAUUGCUUUAAUUGGUCACGGGUCCGUAAAGGGCCAUCAUUGGCUCCAUUUCCGGACGGAUGGCUGCUCUAAAUUGUCCAUAGGUAUGAAUGUCAGUGUGAAUGGUUGUUUGUCUAUAUGUGCCCUGUGAUUGGCUGGCGACCAGUCCUGGUUGUACCCCGCCUCUCGUCAGCUGCGAUAGGCUCCAGCAUACCCCCGAGACCCUAGUGAGGACCAGCAGCAUAGAAAAUGGAUGGAUGGACAGUUCUACUAACAGUAGUUUUUACCGCAGUAGUUACUAAUACUAGUGAUCGUCACAUCCAUACACCAGACUUGAUGUCAGGAACAACAGGCUUUUAUUACAGGUUUAAAUGAUCUCGCAACAGGCACAAUGAUCCCUAACACGCUUUACAGGUCUUAUUUUUUCUUAUGUCCACUAUAUUGGGUAAUGGGUUUGUAAAAGUG